UAGUAAACAGAUAGGUAAGGCUGGUCCAUAACCUUUAAUAAGUCGAUGGUAUCACCCUUCAAUUUGGGACAGGACAGUUGGAUAUGUAUACAAUUGAGUGCAUUUAAUUUUGAAAAUCCUUAUCAACUUUAUGAUUAUUGGGAUUUUUAUUGAAAAUAUAUAUAUUUAUUUGAAAUAGAAUCAAUCAACAGUUGAUUUAAAAUGUCGAUUGAAAUCGAAUCCGCCGAUGUUAUUCGUCUUAUUCAACAAUAUUUGAAGGAGUCGAAUUUAUUUCGAACGCUACAUACAUUGCAAGAAGAAACGGGAGUUACUCUCAAUACAGUGGAUAGUGUAGAUGGAUUUUGUGCUGAUAUUAAUAAUGGACAUUGGGAUACAGUUCUCAAAGCUAUACAAUCAUUGAAACUACCUGAUAAAAAACUAAUUGAUUUAUAUGAACAAAUUGUAUUAGAAUUGAUAGAACUUCGUGAAUUAGGAGCUGCACGAUCUUUACUUAGACAAACUGAUCCAAUGAUUAUGUUGAAACAAAACGAACCAGAAAGAUAUAUACAUUUAGAAAAUUUAUUGGCCAGAUCAUAUUUCGAUCCAAGAGAAGCUUAUCCAGAUGGAAGUAGUAAAGAAAAAAGGAGAGCUGCAAUAGCUCAUGCUUUAUCUGGAGAAGUAUCUGUAGUACCAUCAUCUCGUUUAUUAGCACUACUAGGACAAGCAUUAAAAUGGCAACAACAUCAAGGUUUGCUACCUCCUGGAACCACUAUUGAUUUGUUCAGGGGUAAAGCAGCAGUAAGGGAACAAGAAGAUGAAACUUUCCCCACACAAAUGGCAAAGCAAAUUAAAUUUGGUCAAAAGUCGCAUGUAGAGUGUGCUAGAUUUUCACCCGAUGGUCAGUAUCUUAUUACUGGCAGUGUAGAUGGAAUUAUUGAGGUUUGGAACUUUACUACUGGAAAAAUAAGAAAGGAUUUGAAAUACCAAGCUCAAGAUAAUUUUAUGAUGAUGGAACAUGCAGUGCUUUGUAUGGCUUUCUCUAGAGACAGUGAAAUGUUGGUAACAGGUUCUCAGACUGGUAGAGUCAAGGUUUGGAGAAUAAGUUCUGGACAGUGUUUGAGAAAAAUUGAAAAGGCGCAUGCCAAAGGUAUAACAUGUCUACAAUUUUCAAGAGAUAACAGUCAGGUUUUGAGUGCUUCGUUUGACCACACAAUCAGGAUACAUGGAUUAAAAUCAGGAAAGACUCUCAAAGAAUUUCGAGGACAUACUUCAUUUGUUAAUGAAGUUAUAUUUACACAGGAUGGACAUAACAUAUUGAGUGCCUCUUCUGAUGGUACGGUAAAAGUAUGGAGUAUAAAAACGACUGAAUGCAUAAACACAUUCAAAUCACUCGGAGCUAAUGAUACAGCGGUUAAUAACAUACACAAUUUCGCAAAGAAUCCUGAACAUUUUGUCGUAUGCAACAGAACGAAUACAGUAGUUUUAAUAAAUAUACAAGGACAGAUCGUGAGGUCUUUUGCUAGUGGAAAACGUGAAGGAGGUGACUUUGUUUGUUCUACAGUAUCACCUAGAGGUGACUGGAUUUACUGUGUUGGUGAAGACAUGGUUUUAUAUUGUUUCUCAACAAACUCUGGAAAACUUGAAAGGACUUUAAAUAUUCAUGAAAAGGAUGUUAUUGGUAUAUCGCAUCAUCCCCAUCAAAACCUGUUGUGUUCAUAUAGUGAAGAUGGACUGGUACGUUUAUGGAAACCAUAAUUUUAUCGAAAAAAAUAUUUGUAAUAUUUUAAUACAAAUGGAAAGGAAA